UUUGUAAAGCCGUGAUGCUACCACGUCAUAGCGAUAUUAGUGCUGUUUUGUUUAUUUUAUUUGUAGAAAACUUGUAUUAUUAACUAGUAACACUGGAUGCCAACUAGAUGAGAAUUUGAAAUCUGUCAAAUCAAAAGUCAAAACUCGAAAAUCGAACGAGACGUUCGCACGUGUUGCGAGUGUUAACGAUUAUCGAACAUUAUCGUAACGAAAAUUAUGCAAUGUGAAAUUUAUUUUUAUGGUGUUUUUAGUUUUACUAGUUUAUUAAAAUAAUUCAUAAUUUGUAGUCUUAUAUCGUAAUACAUACCACCGUAAUCAAUAGAUUUAAAUUUCUGUAUAAUUUUCAAAGACAAAAUGAAUUCAAUGUAUACCUUGUUUAGAGGUACUGUUCAUAAAAAAAUGUCUCAAAAUAAAGUCAAACUAUACUUUAAUAUAUUUAGAAACUAUUCCUCGCGAGAAUAUCUUAACGAUGUUUAUUCUCGGACUAAGUUAAAGUGUAAAUCAAAAAAACUGCCUCAAGAUGUCAACCCUAAAGGUGUUUUUGCGUGUAAUGAAUUAGAUUUAUCAGAAGUUAAAGUGUAUGGAUUCGAUUAUGAUUAUACUCUGGCUCAUUACAAACCAUCUUUAGAACAUUUACUAUACAACCUCGGAAGGAAUAUGCUUUUAGAAAAAUAUAAGUACCCAGCUGAAAUUUCAAAAUUGGAAUACAAACCACAUUUUGCUGUGAGAGGAUUGCAUUAUGACAUAGAAAAAGGUCUUCUUUUGAAAUUAGAUUCAUUUCUACAAAUUCAAUUUGGUGCUGUUUAUAGAGGACUAACUCCCGUAUCAACUGAGGAAGUGCUUAAAAUAUACAAGAACAGAAUAAUACCAAUUGCAUAUGUUGAGGGUGACAAUAGAGCACAUAAAGGCAAUCGAGCAAAGAUGGUGCAUUUGGCAGAUCUGUUUUCCGUACCAGAAAUGGGAUUGCUUUGUAAUGUUGCUGAAUAUUUUAUCAAGAAUCAUAUAGAUUAUCAUCCUGAGAUCCUCUUUUUGGAUGUUAAGAAUUCUGUGCAAAGCUGUCAUCCGAUAAUGCAUAAGAUUGUCGCUCAGAAUGUGGAUGAGUACAUUCGGCCGAAUUCAGAUUUAAAAAGAUAUUUUCAACUCCUAAGGGACCAUGAUAAAAAAUUGUUCCUUGUAACAAACAGUCCAUAUCAUUUUGUUAACGCGGGCAUGGAGAUGUUAGUGGGUUCAGAUUGGAGGGAGUACUUCGACGUUGUGAUAGUAAACGCGAACAAGCCCAAGUUCUUCACGGAGGUGUCGCGGCCGAUACGUGUUUUUGACAAAAACGCCAACACUCAUAUUUGGGAGAAAGUUACGUCACUGGAAAAGGGCAUUAUUUAUUACGAGGGCACGGUGAAGCAGCUGCAGGAGCUGACGGGGUGGCGCGGCCAGCAGGUGCUGUACUUCGGCGACCACCCCUACAGCGACCUCGCCGACGUCACGCUGGAGCACGGCUGGCGCACCGGCGCCAUCAUCAACGAACUCACACACGAAAUAAAGACGCUGAACACGCAGUCGUUCAAGGAGAACGCGAACUGGCUGCAGAUGUUGACGCAGAUCAUCGAGGACCACCAGGACCACCGCCAGCCCGACGCAGUCGCCGUGCUCGCGCACUGGGCCGCCGAGCGCGACCGCCUCAGGAACGAUACAAAGUCAGUAUUCAACAAGCAGUUCGGCAGCGUGUUCCGCACGUACCACAAUCCGACCUAUUUCUCUAGGCGUUUGUUCAGAUUUGCUGAUAUUUAUACGUCUAAUAUAAGGAAUCUUCUCAACUAUUCGCUGACGCACACAUUCUACCCCAGGCGAGGCGUCAUGCCACACGAAUAUGGAUCUUAUUUCGUAUAAAUAUAGGCUUUUUAUUUCUAAUAUCGAUCUUUUUAACCCUAAAAUGCGUGAUUUUAAAUCUUUAAAAACAUUUAAUGCAAGAUUGGUAUUAUAAUACAAGAUAAAAAAUUAGCUUUUAAAUUUAUAUUGUGUAUCGUAUUAAUGCAAAAGUGCGCAUUUAAGGGUUAAAGAAAUUUGUUAAAAUGUCAUAAUUUGAUUGUUAACAACCUGUAUUUUUAAGAUUAUAAUUUGUUUCAUAUUGAGAUUAGUUAAGCUUAUAACAGUAUAUUGCCUCAUACUAACAGUAU